AUGAGUGAGGCAGAGUACGAUAGAAGCAAUAACUUUGAUCAAAAGUUUUAAGGAUCAUUUUUUUCUUCAUUCUAAAAUGAUUUCUUGAAAUAAGGACAUGAUGGAGAUGAGGAAAUUAUAAAAUAUGAUAGAGUUAAUAGUAAUAGAAGUUUAGAAAAAAGCAUUCCAUAAAAAAUAAUUAAUUUUGACAGCUAAGAUUAAACACAAAUAUCAAGAAGCUUACAAUUUAACUAAGAUAGGAUGAAUAAUUAUGAUUCAUAGUUUGAGUCUCCAUAAUUCUAAUAGUAGCUUGAGUAAUUUAUAUAGAAUUAAGAUUAAUAUAGAGACCUUUAACCUUUGAAAAUAAACAAAAAGGUUUCUGAUAUAGAUUAAUUUGUUCAUAAUCGAUUAGAUAGCUAAGGUUCAAUUAAGUCGAUUGAGGCUAGAAGAGCCUAAAAAAGGUUUUCUUAUUAAAGUUAUAUUGCUACGCCAAAAAGUGCAAAGGAAAAAAAAUCCAACUAUGAAAAAGAUGUUUUAAAAUAAUCAUAAAAAAAUUUAAAAAUGAAUGAAAGUUUAACUUCCCUCAAAAAAUUUUCAAUUUUAUCACCUCAUGCGACCUAAAAUAAUUUGAUAAGUAAAAAGCAUGCUCAUGAACAUUUUAGUUUUGCAUAAAGCAAGGAAAAUAAAAAAGACUUGUGUUUAGCAUCUAAAAAUAGCUAAAUGUAGAUGUAUACUUAACAAUAAAGCUGUAAAAUCGAAAAAGCUCUAAAAAUAAUACAGCAGAUUAAAAACACAAGAUUUAAUCAAGCUACUAGAGUAUAAUCAAUUAUUGAUAGAUUUGUGAAGCUGUUGCUCAUAUAUUCUGGUAAACAUUAAAUAAAUUUGCUACAAGAACAUUAAUUCGAGUAAGUGAGUGACUUAAGCAGCUUUUACCAAGAAAAAGUCUAAACUGGUCUACUCAAUAAAAUUAAAAGCUAAUUUAGAAUUUUAUUUUCAAUAUGUUCUUUUAACAUACCUGUUAUUAUGCCUUCAUAGAUUUUUGCGAUAGUUUGGGACAUUUUCUUAGUUUUAUACACUCUACCAACUUUGAUGAUUUAUUCUAUUCUAACUUUUUGUGCAUAGCAUCAGCCAGAUGAACUGGCUUACAUUGAAGUAUUUAAAAUCAUGCUAUUUAUAUUUAUAAUAGAUGUCAUACUCAAUUUUAACUUUGCUCACUUCUCCUAAGAUGCAAUUGUAAUUGAUAGAAAAUUAAUAGCAAAGAAAUACCUAAAAUAAAAUUUUUUUACCGAUAUGACAGCUACUAUUGUACUUUUUUCCAAAAUUUAUUUUUCACAGUUUCCUCUUUUCUAUAAUCCUGGUGAUAGCUUCGUAUUAUAUCUUAUAAACAGUUUAGUUUUCUUGAAACUUAAGUCUAUAGUCUAAAAGACUAGUAGAUUUGAUGAGAUUAUGCAAUCAAAAGAAAGCUAAAAACACAAAUUAAGACUACUCAAACUUAUAAUAUAAAUUAUUUUAAUAGCUCACUCAUUUGCAGUCGGAUGGAAUAUCAUGGUUAUCAUUGAAAACAAUAAUGGAAUUUAAGAUACUUGGUUAUCUCAAAAGUAAAUAUAAAAUGAAAGUUGGAUCACAAAAUAUAUUUAUUCAUUUUAUUGGUGUAUAACAACAAUGACCACUGUUGGAUUUGGUGAUAUUGUACCUACUAAUUAGUAUGAAUAUUUAUUCAUGAGUAUGGCGAUGAUAUUUAUGAGCUGUAAUUUUGCAUACACUAUCAGCAAUGUAGGAUUAAUUCUUUCAGAAAUAGAAAAAAAUAAAAGAGAACUCAAUAAUUGCAUUAGCAACAUAUAAAGAUAUUUGAACAGAAAAAAUGUGAAUAUAUCUCUAAAGAGCAGAGUGCGAAGCUAUUUAGUCUUUCUUUACAAAGAACAAAAAGAUAGAAAUCAAGAGGCUGAAGAAAAGGUAUUUUAAAAAUUAUCUAAUAAAUUGAGAAGAGAAAUCGUUUAAGAGAUAAAUGGAAAAAUUGUUAAUAGUUGUGGCAUUUUCACUAAAAAUUUUUCAAGCAGCACUAUAAACAAAAUUAUAUUUGCUAUGAAAGAAUGCGUGGUUUCCCCUAAUGAAAUAAUAUUUAAUGAGGGUGAUCAGGAUGAUAUGUCAAUUUACUUUAUACAAGGUGGAUAUGUAGAUAUUUUUUAAUAGAAUGAUAGCGAUAAGAAUAAAUAAUCUAAUUAAAGGGUAAUAAAAAGAUUAGGAUAAAAUUAAAUAUUUGGUGAACUUUCUUUUUUCUCAGGCCUUCCAAGAAAAGCAGGUGCUAAGAGUGUUAACUUAACCACACUGUAUAAGUUAGCAGCAGAUGAUUUUUUAAAGAUAGUGAAAGAGAAUUAGGAAGACUUCGAAAGAUUUAAUAUGAUAAAAGAAUAAAUAAUAGUAAUGCAAGAUCUAAAACAAAUCAACAUAGAAUGCUAUUCUUGCAACUCUUAAGGUCACAUGGCAGCAGAAUGUCCUAUGAUUCAUUUAUAGUUUGAUAAACAAUUCAAAAAUUUAAGAAACAACUUUUCGAUAAUUCAACAGAGAUAAUAAAAUGAAAAUAGAAAUGUUAAAAUAAGAUACUGUCCAAGGCUUUUGAUUGAGAUUAACAAAAAGUUACAGAAAAGGCUAAAAGAGAAUUCGAUUUACAUGGAAAGCAAUAUAAGAUUGCUUUUUAAUACAGAUACUAAUGAAGAAUAAGAUUCAUAAUCUGAUAUCACAUCAGAUAGUUAAAAUGAAAAGAUUACUGCAAAUGAAUAAAAUAAUGCUUUGUCUAGCUAACUCUUAAUUUUGUAGCAUGCUGAAGGGAUAAAUAAAGCAAUACUUUAAAAUACUAAAACAGAUAGAAGAAAGAGCUAAUUUUUAAAUUUAAAGUAGCAAUCAGCUCAAUCAGAUGAUAAUGAGAAGGAAACACAUAAACUAAAAAGCUUUAAAUUUUAAAGGAUAAGCAAUCCUUCAUUUUAAUCGUUUUAAGAUAUUAACAAAGCAAAUGAAUAGAUUCUAUUUUAAGAUUAAAUAAAGAAUGAAAAGUUGUUAGUAAAAUUUUAGAACACUAUUAAUGAAGUAAUUGAAAAUAAUUCUGAUGUAAGUGAAAAGAGUAUUGAAAAAUAAAUAAUGAAUAAUCAAAAUAAGACAGAUUUGCUUAUUUCAAAUAAAAAAAAUAUUAACUCAAGAGAUUCUUUUAAAUUAGAUAGUGAAUAUAUGAUAAAUUCAAAUUUAUCUCAAGAAAAUGCUAUCCAUUCUCCUAAAGUGCUGACUGUCAGUCCAACAAAUCAAAUAAACUAAUUUCAAGAUUUUCAAGACGUAUGUAUUGACAAUGAUUUGAAUUAGUACUAGUCUAAUUCAUUUAUAAGAAAAUAAAAACAAAGAUAUGCUACAUAACCUCCUCAGAGUUACAAUUAGUAUAGUCAGUAUGCUUUUAUUGCUUAGAAAAUGGAAAAUAAAAAUUUUAAUGCUUAUAACAAUACAGAUUCAUAAAAAAAUAUUAGUGAAAAAAAGAAAUCGAUUAAAAUAAAUGCUGAUAAAAGUAGAUAAAAAAUACUUUAAGUAAAUGCUAGUAUUUUUCCUUAGUCAACAGAAAAGUAAGAAUAUAAAAAGAGAUGCAGUAUUGACUUUUCCAAUAGACGAUAAAGCAAAUUUUUAUUUAAUGGAUAAUUACAAUCAUUUUAGCACAUUGAAAACAAAGUGAGUAACUCAAAUACGACUAUUAAGAUGGAAGAUAGUUAAAUGAAAAAUUUCAAUUUAAAUAAAAUGGAUGAUAGUUAAGUAAAUCGAUUCAAUACGAUUAAGAUGGAAGAUAGUUAGCAACUAAUGCUGCCCUAUCAGAAUCAAAAUUAAAUAGAUUUAAAAGAAAUUUUACUUUUAAACUAAUUGGGUAAAAGAAACAAUAAUAACAUUUAAUAAUUAGAUAAAUAAACAUUUUCUAAAUACUUCUAUAAGUUCUCUUUUGAGAAUAUGAAGAUUUUUAAGGUGUUCUUUCCUCAUAAUAAUUAUAACAAAGUCAUUUAAAGCUUUAGAAUUUGCUAAUAGCUAUCAAAAAAAUAGAAAAAAUAAAAAAAUAUUAAUUACAAAAAGCAAAAAAUAAAUUAAAAAGAAACCUCUCAACUAUUUCAUACUUAAAAAGGUAAUACAGAGUUUUCAAAUCAUUAGAUAGAUAGAACAAGUUAUAAUGAUUUAAACUACAAACCCUCUUUUAUUUCAUACGGAGUAGCUCUUAAAAAAAACUUUAAACUGCAUCCAACAAAUAACUUGAAAAAUUUCUUUUGA